AUGAACGAAGACAUCAGCGAGGAUCUCCUUACUGGAGAAAUAGGAGUCGGCUCGGAUGAUGAAGGAGUUGAGUCCGAGGUCCAACGAAAACCAAUCCAAGGAGUCAACAACCGUCGCAUCGCUCGUGCACAUUACACUCGUCCGGUUCCAGUUGAGGACGAAAUGACAAUGACAUUCACACUUGAGCCUUUGAACAUACCGACUGUUGUGAGCCAUGGAUUGCCAGACGAGGAAGAAAGUGAAGAUAAAUACACGGACGAUGAAGAGAAAGAAAAGGAGAAAAAUGCUGAAGAGAAGGACAAGAAAAAAGUUGGAGCGGAAUCACAGAAACCUCUCUGUUACGAUGCAAUUGGUUCCAUUAUUGAGUCGAUGAGUAUAAACAAAAGAGUCGAAAUAUAUUUGAAAUGUCCCACGAUUCGAAAACUCGAAAGACGUGUUCCUUUAUACAUUGAGCAUCUUGAGUUUGAUGAUUAUAGGAUCAAGCUCGACGAUUUUGAAUACAAAGUGCUUCAUUUGAAUGUUGAACAAGGAAUUCAGGAUAUAAAUACGUUCGGAACUGAAUGCGUCGAGAUGGAUAGUGUAUUGACGCCUGGAGACAUUGAUUUCGCCUAUUAUAUCACAAAGAUUUGGAUGCAAUCAUGUUUGGUUUUACGUCCAGACGGUACCUACCGUUAUGGCGAUGAGAUCGAAGGAGAUCAGGGACCGAGGGAUCACUGGACCCAAGUAACUAUCACAACUCCCGCAGGAAAGACAUUCCAACGUACACCUUACGACCGUCCCCUGUUUCAUGCAAUGAAACAUCUUGGAACUCUUUUCUUCGCAAACAGAGAGUCUCCUAUCAAAGUUGGAUUCCUGGAUAUUAAGACAGGAGUUACUAUUCGUCUUCCAGUUGAUGUAAAAUUCAAAGUAAACCACAUUUUGGUUAAUUUCAUCAUGAGCUAUUACGCUUAUUUGACCGAGCAAAUAUUGGAUCCGGAGAGCAUUCCAUUCAAACGAGUGACAUAUUCAAACCUAGAAGAUCUGGACCACUCAUAUGUUCGUAAUGCCAAAGAACAUGUAUACGAUGACAACUGUCAAAUCAGACCUAGUUUAGAGCCGCUCGGUGAACAUAGAAACCUCAUCAUAAUUGUAAGAGAAAAUCCUACCACUCUUCAUCAUUACCUGAGCAUUGUGCACUCUUGGGUAGAAAACGGCAAAGAAAUUGGAUGCCGAUUGCAAAUGGAAUGCCCAUUGGAAAUCACGCGAGAUGCAAUGUUCAAUACCUUACAAAAUGAAUACCCGCAAGAAGAAGUGAAUACAAAUGAGCUUGUGAUUAAAAUGAAAGCAGGUGGGAAUGUGUUGGUUGUGUAUUCGCGGAACCGAAAUGGGAAGUACAAUAUUGUUAUCGAAUCACGUAUGGAAACAGUGAAAGCCGCAGUGUCAGAGGACGUAACAGCGAAGAAACGGAAAUGUUGA